AACUCCUGCGCACACCCAGAAGUUCGAACUACAGCAUUCACAAUCCUUGACUCCGCUGACGGGUCGUUUUCUCUCCCUAGAAACACACAUAAAGACGCUUUACUACAGAGAUCCCCAUGACGCUGACACGAAACCGCACAGCUGUGCUUCAUCAGUCCAAAGUUCUGCUUGGAGCUAUGUGUUUGGUUCUGACAGUCUGCGCUCUAGGGGUACCGUCACCGACGGAGAAACCUUCCAAUCAACAGGAUGACAACAUCGGAAAUUUGAAGGUACUGUCCACGAUGGACCUAGAAGCACGGAAUUUGACCGAACAAAUUGAUUUUUUGCUACAGCAGCAAAAAGAACUUUCCGAGGAAGCGGCCGAAAAUGAUGAAACGAAUCAUGUUGGAAAGAAUACAGAGAUAGUCACCCAGGGUUCCCGGAGAUGUCAGAAGUGUCUAACACCAGAGCAGGAGAAAAAACAGCGUCUAGAAAUGAUCAAAGCACAAAUUCUCACCAAACUGGGGAUGAGUCAGCCUCCAAAUAUCACAAGAAAAAACUUGCAAAACAUUCCUCCGCUUUACGACAUCGUUAAUCGGUAUAACCUACAGGUCGACGUCCCCUUCUUCCAAAGAGAUCCAGCCGAUGAAGAUACAGCCACGACAGAUUUGGCGUUCGCUUUUGCCACAAACACUCCGCUCGAAUACGACCAAAGUGUAGAGAAAAAUGUCCUUCAUUUUGACUUCUCCGAGAAGGUUAUGAAGUCACAUCUCAAAAAAGCGCAUCUUUGGCUCUAUCUCCAGCCCAUGAAGGAUCUUCAACACGGUGGUGUCACCGUCUACAUCAAUCAAGUGGUCAGAGGUAUUGAGUCUCCCAGCCUGUUACAGCACCGAGUAAAGCAUGUCGACCUGAGGGGGCAUCAUGGACGAUGGAUCAAGCUAGGGGUUCGUAAAGUUGUGUCCCACUGGAUUAACCACCCUAAAGACAACCUUGGAUUAGUGAUUCAAACUGAAGACUACAAGGGAAACAUCGUUCCCAUUUCUUAUCCUUCUGAAAGCGACGAAGAAUCUCAUCGACCUUUCAUUGAGAUUGAAAUGAAGAAACCACAAGCGACGCGGUCGAAACGAGAUUCAGAUGGUCUUGAAUGUGACAUUGAAACAACUGAAGUCAGGUGUUGCCGUUACCCUCUCACCGUUGAUUUUGUGGACUUCAAAUGGGACUGGGUCAUCGCUCCAAAGAGAUAUGAGGCUAACUACUGCAGUGGAGAAUGUCCAUUUGUAUUUCUUCACCGCUAUCCUCAUACUCAUUUAGUUCAACAAAUCGACCCCUUAGGAUCUAUCGGACCUUGUUGCGCUCCGUCCAAGAUGUCUUCCAUAACCAUGUUGUACUUUAAUGACAACAGUAACAUUAUUUUGGGGGUCUUACCAGGAAUGGUAGUAAAAAGGUGCGGUUGCUCAUAACAAUGCUUAGAAGAAAAUCAGUUUGUAGCUAUGCUGUUCUCAGUGGACUCGUGAUAAAUUAAAGAUCUUGAAAGCGUUCUUCGAAGUAUCAAUCACCUAGUUACAACACUGAAUAAGAAAGACCCUCUUGUUUUUGAUAUACCGUCCAUUGGCUCUUCAGCGACGUUUGUGGGCUGAGACCGUAUCCUGUUUUCUUUAUUGGGUUGAACAUCACUGUUAUACUUACCCUCACACACAUAAACAUACACACGUACACACACCCAGAACAGUAACAACAAUGCUGACAAAAUAAGCAGCUGUUCGUGAGGGAUGGUAUAUGGACAUUCCGAGCAGAGUAUUUGCUAGUGGGGUUGGUGCUGCAUUAGGUAUGUAAAUAAGAUAUUUUAUGAGUCGUCCAGGGUAUUUACUUACGCAUGCAACGUAUGUGGCAGGUGAAAUGGGAGUUGUGGUACCUAUAUUAAAGAGCAGUACGUACACAUAUGUACAAGGAAUUGUAUACAGGGUAGACGUCAAUGCAAAUUUAGCAAAAUGUUUAUUUCUUUAUUUAUCUUAAACGAAAAUUAUCCCAAAAAUAUUUUCAAGUUAACAGUGAAAUACGAUUCAGUAUUAUUGAUUUUUAUCUUGAAAAUACCGGUUUGAAUUGGUUUUAUUUUCAAGAUAUAGGAAAAACGUGCAUGUUUCACGAGUAUGUUUUGUUGUAACAUGUUUAACAGAAAAACCAGGUAUUCGUAACUCUUCAAAUCCUAUACAAUUAAACAUGCUACUUCUUUUAAGUAACACCAUGAUGUAAGUUAGUGUUAAACAACAGUUUAAUUUAGCAGGAGACUUGUAUUAACAGCUCGUAAGAUUGAUGUUAAGAAAGUAAGUUUGUCAAACAUUGUGAACGAUGUCAUUAAGAGAUUCAUUAUUUGAUCAAUUAUAUCACACACAAAACCUAUACAGAAAGGUAAGGACAGUAAGACAAGUAAUUUUCUUUUCUUUUAGAAUGCUUCGAGUUCGCUAUUCAGAAAUUCCCAUAUCAUUGCCUAUUAAACUAGCUAAUGUUUACCUUUACUCUCGACCAUGGAUAUCAGUUUGAUUUUCCGUAGAACCAUUAAACUCCCAUUUAUACACAGCAGUAUAAACCGUUAACAGAGACUACCAUAACUAAAUGAACUAGAAAUGUGAUUAAGAUUUUUAAAAACUCUGUUCCAAAGAAUUUGCUGUAAAGGAUUUAGUACGAUAAAAAUCGAGAGACUGCUUUAGAGACUGAUAAAAACUCAUCAACCCGUUUUUAACGUUUAUAUAUAUAUACGUUUCUUUAAAAAAAAUUUGUGCUCUUGUAUUAGUAAAUAUUUUUUUAAUAUCAUUGCCAGUAACCACCCUAUGAGGUCAUUUAUAAAACACUUAUACGUUAUUGAUGUUGGUCCUUUUCGAAAAUCAAGAAAGAAAAAAAAAACGAUUAGUAUUACACAUUAAAAAAAAAUUAUUUUGAGGUAGGUUUAAUCUAUACAAACACAAACAAGCCCUAAUUGGUUACAAAGUUCUUUCGAACAUUUCCACUCAUGAAAGAGUACAUCAAGCUGACACAAAAAGGAAUAUAAAGUUAUGCUGAUCCAGUUUUUAAUAUUUUUGAAAUGGCUGACGCUCUAUCCUUUUAAUAGCUAAACUGCAUUGUCUAGAUUUAUUUGUGUAACCAGUGCUGAAAUGUGUUUGCCCACACAGCGUUGAAACUCAUAUUUCUCCAGACAAUGUUAAAACGCUGUAUUUUUUUCCGGAAAGGAAACAAGAAGAUCUGUUGCACAUGUAUUUAUUAAAUUUUACAAUGAAUUAAUUACCUAUUAAACACAAAGAAUUUACAAGAAGAGGUCAGAAGGUUCAUCGAUUACUUAAGGAUAACCGAAAAGUGGUCAGAUCUCAGAAGAGUAUAAUAGCUUUUGUAAGCCACACAACCUUCUUAACUAAUCUCAAUAGUAGGAUGAGCUGACGGUGGCUAUGCUUAGAAACAGCAAUUAAGCAAGCUAUAAAAGACAUUGGCACAACAUAUGUUUGCACUGCAAAUACGAAGAAGUAAUUAACGUGUAUUAAGUCUCGUCCUCUCUUCAAGAAAGCACCUCAAUAGGAUGACAUUGGUGGCUUGUUAAAUAUUCAGUGAUAUGCUUAUAAUUUUUAGAAAAAAAAUCGUAUUGUGAUUAUCUUAUGUAUAUGUGUGUAGGAGGUUUUAUUUUAUGCUGAUCUCAUUUUGAAUAUAGAUUUUGCUGAUCACGUUGUCCACAUAUGAACUAAAAUAAGUGAAUAUGCAAAUUUUCGGAGCCCAAUAACGCAAGGCUGUGAUAUAUAUUGAACUGUUAUCGCAAUUACACUAAAGAAAAGGCAAACUGAGAAGUAAUAUAAUUUCAUAUAUUUCCGUAGUGAUUGUAAGAGCUUUUUGACUAUCACUUGAAUGGGGUUAAAUGGUAUUAUAGAUCAAAUACCUUGUAGAACUAAGUUUGAGAGUAUUAUAAAUACUUUUGUUUUGACUUUUAAGAUAAAUGUUUUCUCGUAUUUUUGGAAAAUUAUUAUCUAUGUAACGGAAAAGUUUUUUUUUUUGUAGCAUUUAUGUCUUUGAGCUUUGCAUGAAUGUGUGAAACGUACUUCAAAUCUAUUUAAAAAUUGGACUUUUGUAAUGUACAAUUAAAUGUCCUAUAGUCAAGCAACUUUGUGAAGCGCACAAUACGCAGUUGCAGCAUUUUAUUCUUCGUGUUGUUAAGGGUUUGUGAAAAGGUUUGUCUCGUUUAAAGUACUUCUAUUAAUGCCCGUAUUUAGUAACAAAGAUUAUUUGUUAUCUUUAAAGAAUAUAAUGUUAAAU